UAGAUUAGUGUUUAAAAUGCCGGGUCCUGGUGAUUCAGCGAUAAGUACCUUGAUAUCGAGCAAUGGUGGUAAAUUGGUCCUCUACGUGGAAGACAAGGAGUAUCCUGGCCAUGCUCAGCUUGAUACUGUGAUUAACUCUUUGAAGGAGGAUUUUCCUAGCAUUAGGUUUGAGACUGUGGACCUAGCUUCUGCUAGGGAAGCCCUUGCUGUGGACGGCUCGCCUACUUUUGUGUUCUUCCAGGACCAGAAGGAAAUCAACCGCCUUGAGGGAUGCUCGACAUCCAUGCUGGUCACUACUAUACGUGGCUGGGACAAGUCAGACUCCGGUGAGAGCACUCAGGAACGUAUCAAGCGGCUUAUAUCCACGCACCGCAUUUUGUUAUUUAUGAAGGGUGAGAAGAGCGACCCGUUUUGCCGUUACAGCAAGGCUGUCGUUAACAUGUUGAAUGAGUCUGGUGUUGAGUACGACACUUACAACAUCUUUGAGGACCCCGAGCUCCGUGAGGAACUCAAGGUUUAUUCCAAUUGGCCUACAUAUCCGCAACUCUAUGUGAAUGGUUCGUUAAUUGGUGGUCACGACAUCAUCAAGGAGCUUUAUGAGCAGAACUCGCUUCGCUUUGAUUAGGUUAUGACU